AUGUUGGGCUCUGGUUUUCUCGAGUUCAAGCUUGACUACGCGCAAACCCAUCACCUUGGCAUUGGGGACGUCGUGAGCUCUGAGAACUUCUCCGCCGGGGGUUACCUGUGGAGAAUUAACUGCUACCCUCGUGGGGACGAGAUAGAUGGCGAUGGCGAGCACUUAUCUAUCUACCUGCAGCUGGUGACCAAAUCCAAGAAUGUCAAAGCCAUCUUUGAUGCUUCCCUGGUGGGCAGAGAUGGCACGCUGUCUUCUUCAGAUGUGCUCAGGUCCGUGGAGGUUUACACUCCCAACAACGACACCGAGAAGGGGUGGGAUGGCUUCGUGAAGCUAAUUGACCUCGAAUCAUCCUAUGUGAUAAAUGGCACGGUCACAAUUUUGUGUGGGGUCAUAGCUGUGCCUGACAUUGACAACACCUUGCCGGUGCCGCCACAGCCCGACUUAGCAAGCCAUCUGGGCCACCUACUGGAUUCUGCUUUGGGGACAGAUGUGUCGUUUGUUGUGGGCGGCGAGGUGUUCCCUGCUCACUGUGCGGUGCUCACAGCCCGAUCGCCUGUCUUCAGCGCUGAACUCUUUGGCCCGAUGGCAGACGCCACAAUGCCAUCCAUCACGCUGCACGACAUCGAGCCCGCGGCAUUCAAAGUUAUGCUUCAGUUCAUGUACACGGAUGCCAUGCCUGCAGAUGAUGAGCUUGGAGACCCUCUCGUUGAGAUGAUGAUACAUUUGCUUGCCGCAGCUGACCGAUAUGCGCUGGACCGUCUCGAGGUUAUAUGUGAACUCAAGCUAUGUGAAAAUGUCUCGGCGGAAACGGUUGCUUCUGUUUUAGCUUGCGCCGAGACGUACGGCUGUCUAAAGUUGAAGACAAAGUGCAUGGAGUUGUUUGCUGUGAAGGAAAAUUUCAAGAAGGCAGUGGUCACAGAUGGUUUUAUCAUGCUGUUGCAGAAAUUCCCAACGCUUGCUGGUGAGCUGGCGAGGAGGGUGGCGUUAUAG